AUGGCAGUGACUAAUAGUGUCUUUCCCAUUGUUUCUGAUACUGUGUUUGAGUUUCAACCUAACCUGAUCAAUAUGGCCGCCAAUGAAAACAAUGGCAAUGAGAAUAGGAAUAAUGGGAAUAAUGCUAACAGAAGUAUUAGAGAAUUGGCUGCCCUUGAUGUGCAUUAUCAACCUUUGUGUAUUCAGUAUCCUCAAUUGGAGGCAAACUUUGAACUGAAAUCUGGAUUGAUACAUUUGCUUCCUAAGUUUCAUGGUCUUGCAGGUGAAGAUCCACACAAGCAUCUGAAGGAGUUUCAUGUGGUAUGCUCCACCAUGAGCCCGCAAGGGGUUGAUGAAGAACAAAUAAAGCUAAGGGCAUUCCCUUUCUCUCUUGAUGGAGCUGCCAAAGACUGGCUGUACUACUUGCCACCUGCUGCCAUUACCAAUUGGGAUGGCCUGAGGAGAAUAUUUCUGGAGAAGUUCUUCCCUGCUUCCAGAACAGAAGCCAUCCGGAAGGACAUUUGUGGCAUCCGACAGAUAGAUGGAGAAAGCUUGCAUGAGUCUUGGGAGAGAUUCAAGAAGCUGUACUUAGUGGAUGCUGCUUCUGGAGGAGCCUUAGUGGAAAAGACACCAGCUGCAGCCCGGGACUUAAUCUCAAAGAUGGCUCAAAACGCACAACAAUUUGGUACCAGGUAUGAUAACACAGAAUCAUGCAAUGGAAUCUUCCCUGGAAGACUGUUUCAGCACCAGCCACAACAGAGUAGGUAUGAUCCCUAUGCUCCCACCUACAAUCCGGGCUGGAGAGACCAUCCCAACUUCAGAUAUGGGGGUGCCUCAACUCAACCAUUCCAACAGAGGUUCAAUGCACCAGGUCAAAGUAAUGCCACACCAAUGAAGCAACAAGCACAGACAUUACCCAAGACAGAAUCGAGCUUGAAUGACAUAGUGCAGCAAUUGGCUGCCAAUACUCUCAAAUUCCAACAACGGACUGACACCACCAUACAGAAUUUGGAGACACAGAUUGGGCAGUUAGCAACUAACAUAAAUGAGCUAAGGAGUCAAGGUUCGGGUCAGCUACCUUCACAGCCAAUAUCCAAUCAAAAGGGAAAUGUGAGUGCGAUCAUGCUGCAUAGUGGUAAAGAAGUGAAUGCUCCAGAGAAGGCACAAGAAGAAACUGGUAGAAAAGAAGAGUCGCAGCCCCUCUCAAUUCAAAGGGCCAAGCAGCACAUCAACAAUGAUCAGGACAAAGGAGAACACACUUACAACAAUCCAUUGCCUUUUCCCCAUAAAGCCACUCAAAACAAGAAGAGGGCAGAAGCUGAGUUGGAUAAGGAGAUCAUGGAGACUUUCCAGAAGGUCGAAGUCAAUAUACCACUCUUGGAGGCCAUCAGACAGAUUCCCAAGUAUGCCAAGUUUCUCAAAGACUUGUGCACCCACAAGAGGAAACUGAAGGGAAAUGAGCAGGUCAACCUUGGAAGGAAUGUCUCAGCCCUAAUCCAGCUCGCCAUGCCUUUGAAAUGCAAAGAUCCAGGGACGUUUACCAUUCCUUGCACUAUAGGAAAGCUGCAAUUCACAAAUGCUUUGCUAGAUUUAGGUGCUUCCAUUAAUGUAAUGCCUAAGUCUGUUUAUGCAUCCUUGCAGGUUAGCCCAUUGAAAUCCACAGGAGUGGUAGUCCAGCUAGCUAACAGGAGCACGGUCUAUCCCACGGGAGUCUUGGAGGACGUGCUGGUUAAGGUUAAGGAUCUUAUCUUCCCAGCUGACUUUUAUGUUUUAAAUAUGGAAGAUGAUAACAAAAUUGGACAUGCACCAUUAAUACUAGGCAGACCUUUCUUGAAAACUGCUAGGACAAUAAUUAAUGUGCAUGAGGGUACCUUGUCUAUGGAAUUUGCUGGUAAUACUAUCCAUUUCAACAUUCUCGAUUCCAUGAAGUAUCCUUCAGAAGAUCAUUCCUCCUAG